GUCAAUAUUACAAUUGCACAUAGAUGAGUACGUAUUCUAUAAAUUCUAUAUACGUAGCUAUGCGUAUACUUUUGCUACGUGACAUUUCUCAAAAAAUAGGUUAUAUAUUUCGAUGAAUUUAAGUGUAAAAAAAUAAGAUAUUUAACAUGGGCGAAAAAAACACUAAUAAUAGUUUAGUUCGAAGGGUUAAUAAAUUGCUUGAAUCAAGAGUUGAGAAUGACAAGGAUACAUUGGAAGCUUUAAAAGAAUUAUCCACAUUCUUUACAGAAAAUACAUUAAAUUCUCGUAGAAAUUUACGUAGUAAAAUUGAAAGAAGAAGUCUUGCUAUAAAUGAAGAAUUUUUAUCUGCUUUUAGAGAAGUAAAAUCUUCUUUAGACGGUAUAUAUCAAGAUGUUUUAGCUAUGAAUAAUGCAGUUCAAUGUAUGACAAAUCGUUUACAAACUACAAAAACACAAACAUCACAGCUUAUUGAUCAAACUGCAAAACUUCAAAAUAAAAGUCAAACUUUAUCUAUGCAACAAGAAGUUGCAAAUGCAUUUAUUAAAAAUUUUCAAUUGACUUCAUCUGAACAAAAUAUUUUACAUGGUUCUACCAGGGAAUCACCUAUUACAGAAGAAUUUUUUUCUGUAGUUAAUCGUGUUCAGGAAAUCCAUAGCAGUUGUAGAAUAUUAAUGCAAUCAGGAUAUCAAACAUUAGGAUUAGAUAUUAUGCAAAGGAUGACUUUGUUGCAAGAGGCAGCUCUUGAAAGGCUAUAUAGAUGGACACAAAAUCAAUGUAAACAUAUUGAAAAUGAACGUUUAGCACCAUUAUUAAUUAAAGCAAUGAAUAAAUUGCAAGAUAGACCAGUUUUAUUUAAAUACGUGUUAGAUGAAUAUUGUGCAGCAAGGAGAACUGUAUUAGUGGGUUCAUUCAUAGAUGCUUUAACAUUAGGAGAAAUAUAUGGUAGUACACCUAAUCCUAUUGAAAUGCAUGCAAAUGAUCCCAAAAGAUAUAUUGGUGAUAUGCUUGCUUGGCUUCAUCAAGUUAUUCCUGUUGAAAAAGAAAAUAUUCUUACUUUAGUAAAAGGCUGUGAUAAAACAGAUUUAUCAGAUCAAAUUAAGCAAUCUUUAAGUAAUAUCACAGAUGGACUUUGUCAUCCUUUAAAAUCAAGAAUAGAAAAUGUUAUAUCUAUAGAUAUACCAGCAGCAUUAUUAUAUUCUAUUACAACUCUUCUUAGAUUUUAUCACAUGAUAAUUCAACAAGUAAUACCAGAUAGUACUUUAGAUUCAACAUUAACAGAUUUAUUAACAUUAAGCGAAAAAAGUUUUUUAAAUAGACUUCAAAAGGAGACGCGUAUUGCACUUGGCGAACGCGCAGAAUCUCCGGGAAAUGAUUUAGUACCUGCUCCAUCUGUUUCCAGAUUAUUAUCACUUCUCAAUGAAAUUCUUUCUGUAGUAAGUAUUGCAGAAGAUAGAGAGAAAGAUAUGUUGCAGAUAGUAUCGUGCAUUAUUGAUCCUCUGUUACAAGAAGUUAAUGAAACAGCAUCAAGAUUACCUACAGUAGACAUGGCUGUGUAUCUUUUAAAUUGUAUGCAUCAGAUACAAUCUACUUUAGCAUUGUAUGAAUAUAUGGAUCAACGAUUAGAAAGAUUACAAGCUCAAUCUGAUGCACAAAUAGAUACUCUUACAUCAGAACAAGCCAGUUCAUUAGUAGCACAUUUGAAUCUUGGUUCAAUUUAUACUAUUUUACAAGGUCAUGAACAAGGUCCAUUAUCUUCCAUUCCUGGAAUGGAUCCUUUAAGUGUGAAAGAAUUUACAAACAAACUGGAAGCAUUUCUAGUAAUGCCAGAUGUAUUGCUAUUGCCACAAAUAAGUUUAUUGCAAAGCAGUAAUCAUCGCUCGAUAGUACAAAAACGUUCUUUUGAAGUUAUUGGAGCUAUUUAUAAACAAUUAUAUGAAUCUUGUCAUGAUCCAAAAAAUUUGUAUCAAAAUGCAAAUAGUUUAUUUUCAAGAACUCCCGAGGAUCUUUUACAAACAUUGAUUUCGGUUUAAAUUCAAAAAUUCAAAAAAAAAUUCGGCAAAUUCAAAAAUUCAAAUGCAAAUUAUAAAAAAACAUUUUUUAAAUAUAACUAUAUGAAAAUUAAAUAUGUAAAUAAUACACGAUUGUAAAAUAUAAUUUUGAAUAAAUUUAUUAACUUAUAUAAAGAAA